AUGACUCCGCCCCCUCCAGCUCCACCUCCAAUUAUUCCACAAAUUCCAAUUAUUACAAAAUCGACUACCGAUGAAACCGUAACCCCGUCUUCCUCUUCUUUUGCUCCAUCGGCGGCUGAAAUGCCUACUGUAACGCCUUCUAGAACUCCUGCCACGUCAUUGGCUCCGCCCACUGAUGAGGUGCCACGUCGAGAGGAUGAUGAGCCGAUGAGCAAUGAGCAGGUUACGGUAUUGUGUACUUAUGGAGACGGAUGGAAGGCGAAGAAAAUGCCACCCCACGACUUCUCAUUUUCUAUCGAAUCGGACUGA